AUGUUUAAAAUUCCAAGACAAAUAAGAUUUGCGACAAAUUCGCUUAAUCUAACAAAUACUUUGAAACAUAGGUUUUAUAAACGAACUAUUAUUUUUAAUAAUAAUAGUAAUAACGUUUCUUUAAAAAGACAUUUUGAAAAAGAAAAAUAUAAUAAACGAUUAUCGCCAAUAAAGUUUGUUAACAAACGUAUCACCACCUCCUCCCAUAAUGUAACGGCUUCAAAUCCUAAGAGAAGAACGGAAAAUAUAAUAGAAAGGAGAAAAAUCAAAAAAUUUGAUGAAUUAUCGUUUAAACAAAAGGUUGUUGGAGCAACAAAAGUAACUACAUACCUUGGAGUUAUUAUGGUAGGAGUUGGUGUUUUUGGUGUGAUUAUAUAUUAUAUUUAUACCGAAAUUUUUGGACCCGAAAGUUCAACAAGAGUAUUUGGUGAUGCAUUGGACAAAGUUAGAGCUGAUAUUGAGGCAUGUUGA